AUCAGGUGCAAUCGUCGUUUAACGUGAGAUCGAAGGGAAAUAUAACCGUAAAUCUAAAUUCACAACAUAGUUCACAAUAUAAUUCACAACAUAGUUCACAACAUAGUUUACAUCAUAGUUCACAACAUAGUUCACAUCAUAGUCCACAACAUAGUUCACAACAUAAUUCACAAUAUAGUUCACAAUAUAGUUCACAAUAUAGUUCACAACAUAGUUCGCAACAUAGUUCGCAACAUAGAUCACAACAUAUUUCGCAACAUAGAUCACAACAUAGUUCGCAACAUAGUUCACAGCAUAGUUCGCAACAUAGAUCACAACAUAUUUCGCAACAUAGAUCACAACAUAGUUCGCAACAUAGUUCACAACAUAGUUCGCAACAUAGAUCACAACAUAGUUCAUUUGAAACACAUGAAAACUCACUUGCUAAUUUGAAUAUACGCGUGGAUAAGAGAAAGAAAACGCCACAUGAAUCACGUGAAAUUACCGAAUCUUCGUUUGUUAAUGUUAAUAGGAAUGUGCUUGCAAAUAAGAAAAAGAAAGUAUCACAUGAAAUUACAGCAUCUUCACCUUUUAGUAACA